AUGGCCCCUCGUUCUAAGCCAGACAUGCAGCUACGCAUCCCCCAGAUCCCCAACUUCCCCUUCUCCUCACCCAUCACAGAGGAGAUCGCCAGCCCCGCCGCCUCCUCUGACGAAGACAGGGAGAUGGAGCGCUCCCGUCCAUUCGACUACCUCGCCAAGGCUGAGAAGAACCCUUCCCAGAAAGCGGAGUUCACAGGCUCACAGCGCGACCGGUCCGUGGAGCGCGAGAUCCGGGUCUUCGAUGCCGGGCUGGCGGAGAAGAAUGGCAGCGUGGGCAGCGGCGCGGCCGCGAAGAAAGUAGAGAAACUAGUCGGGUUGAACCUAGUGACGGACUUCGGCGUCCUGGCGAAGGAGAACCGGGAUGGGGAGGCGCGCCCUGCGUUUGUGGAUCUGCAUGAUCUGAAGGUGUUGGCGCGGAUGCGGGAGAAGGAACGGUCCGCGCAGAAAGUCAGAGGCAUCUUGAAGAAUGGGCCGGCGGCGCAGGGGUUCCAGCGGCUCCCCGGGGAGAGUGAAGGUGGGAGGAGACGGCUGUCGUGGCUUGGGCCGAGUCGGAUCGGCUCGCUGAGGAGGAAGUAUAGGGAUGAGCUGUCGCCGUCGGACCGGCCCAUCAUGAUCGGGUACUCGGUGCCCAUUGAGGAGUCGAUAGAGACGCAAAAUGAGGAGGGGGGAGUGAGGGGGUUGGAGAGGGCGGAGAGCCAGCGCACACCUCUAACGCCGUCGAUUGUGGUCACACCUGCGAGAGACGAUAGUUUCUGGAAUGGACUUGCGCCGGAGCUCCACCGACCCAGGGCAGCGUCCAGCGUCUAUUCCCCGCGAACUUCGUUUCUUGGAAGUGCCAGGCCCGACAUCCCUCCUGUCCCUGCUAUACCGGCCUCGCAUGUGGAGGCCAAGGAUAGCAGCCCGCGUUUAUCUUCGCCUCCGCGGGGAUCUAUCAUCUCCACGCGCCGGCAACGCUCGUUUUCGACGGGCACAGUGUUCGAGGACGAUGACGGCCCACGCCAGAGCCUGCGUGCGCGGUCGUAUUCGACUGAGAGCUCGAGGAGAGGCCAGGAUCGACUCAGUGUGCUCACGGACUACAACCGACACCAGUCCCAGGGCUGGUGGACGUAUCUUCUCUCCCCCGUCUUAGGGCGCUCGAGCACGAUUGCUAGAACCCCAACGCGGACGGAGAGACCGACCAUCCCCACGAUCGUCACCAACUCCACAGUCUCGAGCGAUGAGUGGUGGGAGAAAGAAGUCUCGUACUUUUCGCCAGAUACCCCCGAGACAGCCGCAGCCACUCGAAGCGCAGAGGUGAACUGGCAAGAUACGCCUACCAAUCCUUUCGCAGAUGCCAGUGCGACGCAAUCUGAGGAGUUUGAGCGCAGUUUCGACACUGAAAAGGAGGCAUCGUCGUUUAUGUUUUCCGGGGGUACGAUCCAGGGUGCAGCAGCUGAGUACUAUCAGGCGUGUGCGCAUGAGCUCUUCAGCGGAAGACCGUACUUUGAAUGCAUCAACCAUGUCUGUUCAAUCACGCCCAAGGAUAAGAUACCCGUUCUUCUUGCCGACGCCAUCGCGAAGCCGCCGAGUAACGAAAAGAACUUGCUUAUUGAUGUUGACGACGAGGAUAAUGAGCCCCAACCUGGCGCGAGGAGCUGCGCUGAGAGUGUGUCUCACUCUGGCGCUCGAGUAAUGUCUGGCUCAACGGCUGUGGGCGAUGCACCUGAUUCGCCAGUGGGUAAGGAGAAGCAGAAGGCCUUUAAGGAGAUCAUUGAAGAGAGCCCCCGAAGUUCACCGCUGCCGGAGCUCGACGACAGAGCACCACCCCCUUGGGUGACGGAGCGAUUGCCGGAGAAGCAAGACUCUCAUCUAUUCUUCCAGCCAACGAACACCGUUGCGCCUGCGGUUAAUAACAUUCACAUUCAAGCUCCCACGCCUGUUCAACCAGCAGCUGUCGCUCCAUUGGAGAGAAUAGUUCCUCACUAUAUCGUGGUGCCGCCACCGAACUAUGCGCAUCCUCAGCCGCCGGACCCUACAUCUCCUGGUCUACAGCAAGCUACAGUCAGAAGCGGAUCGAUCCCACUGUCGGACAUGGCGUCUGGCCCGGCGCCUGUCUAUGCGUCGCAACGCACUGCAUCUCCAGAACUUCCGCCUCGGAUGGGCCCAGCCCCUGUGACUCGAGAGCAAAUGACACAUCCAUGGGUGGAACGGGAAAGAAUCGAGGGCCAACGAAGAAGGUUGGAGAAGGAAGAUGCCCUUGGCAGGAAAGCCGGCGGUCUCUGGCGAGGAAGAGGCUGUUUCAGCAAAAAAGGCUGCUUUGGGAAACCCGGGCGAGAAGGACGCCUGAGACGGCGCUGGUACAUGGCCAUCACGACCUUCUUUGUGCUGAUCGUGACGGUUGCCAUUGUGCUGGCGAUUAUGCUGACCCGCAAAGGUGACGACAUGCCCGUCCAGUCACAGUGGCUCAACCUCACCGGCUAUCCGCCGAUGCCUACGGGAAUCGCAACCAUCGCAGGCUCGGAGCUGCGGGACCAAAACUCCGGGUGUAUCACCCCGUCAAGCCUCUGGAGCUGCGCUCUCCCGCCUGAGCAGCAAUCCGACAACAAGCCCUACGCGGCCAACCAGCCCAGCUUCCGCGUCGAGAUCCGGUUCCGCAACGGCACCUAUGCGAACAGCACGACUGUCGCCUCGCCUCAGCACAAAGCCCGAGACGCAAGCUCCCUAUUCAACCCAUCUCCACCUCCCCCCAGCGUCAAAGACCAGACCUUCCUCGGCAACACCACCGACGAGAACGCAACGCCUUACGCAGGCGAAGAAACACCCUUCUUCCUCACCCUCCUCUCCACAGCCCCGAUCUCCUCCGCUCAGCAUCUAUCCCGCCGCUCCAACAACUCAUCCUUCCCAGACAUCGAGUCCCUCAUCCCCGCCCCAGCGCUCAACUCAGACGGCACCGCCGCCCCCGCCGCUCUCCACCCCUUUCCAACCUCCCAGCCUAUCCGCCUCUACAACCGUGGCCUCGAGACAGAACACUACGGCUUCUACACCUACUUCGACCGCUCCAUCUUCCUCUCCACCACCGCCCCGCUCACCGGCAAACCCGAUCCCACCAACCCCAGCGACGCAAACGGCGGCACCGCCGCCCCCGCCGCACACACGCGCUGCACCUGGGCGCAGACCCGCUUCCUCGUGCAGAUCUGGACGCAGCCCGCGCGCCUGCGCAGGUCCCUCCUCCCCAGCCCCUCCACGUCCGCGUCCGCUACCGCUACUCCUUCUGCUUCCGCCCCACGCUCAUCCUCAACCUCGCCUUCCUCCUCAGCGACGGAUUUCGUGCGCCCCGGCUCGUUUCCCUAUCCGGUUACCGUUACGCUGGACCGGCACGGCGGCGUCGUCAAGGACAAGAUGGUGUAUUGCUAUGCGGUGGAGGAGCUGCAUGUCAACGCCACGGCGAAGAAGUUGCAGGUUGAGGAUCGCGGGUUUGGUGGGGGGAUUGUGAACCCGGCCCCGGGGCUUUUUAAUUUGAGUUCCGUGGGGGAGAUGGAUCUGGGGGAUGGUGGGUUUGACGGCGGGGCGGGGGGAUGUUCGUGUCAGUGGGCGAAUUGGGUUGCUGUAUCUUGA